ACUUGCAACCUACUUCACGAUUAGUCGACAGUGAGGCAUCAUGGCCAUCGGUUAGUAUCGGCGCGUUACUUAGAAAAUUCGCUGUGAUAUAGACGAUCUCGCAUCGUGAAUUAUCCGUCGAAUUUCUCGUUCGGACAAUUCGUCGAUUUUUCGUCACGUAACGACAUCAAGACGCGAAUGACACGAUGGUGAAAUUGACCGAAGAGAUGGUCGUGGCUCGCACACGAGUAUCCGACUUCUCCGCCGUAAAGAAACUCAAUUGCUGGGGAACAGAAUUAACGGAUGUUAGCAUUCUAAGAAAGAUGACAAAUGUAGAAGUGUUGUCAUUAAGCAUAAAUAACAUUAACACACUUGCUGAUUUUCAAUAUUGCCACAAACUUCAGGAUUUAUUUAUACGAAGGAACAGCAUCAAAGAUUUGAAUGAAGUUUGCUAUCUCCAAGGAUUGCCUAAUUUACGAAAUUUGUGGCUCGGUGAAAAUCCAUGUGCAGAGAAAGAGGGAUAUCGAUUAGCUGUACUGCGAGCUUUGCCAAAUCUUGAGAAGUUAGAUGAUAAAGUAGUAUUACCUGAAGAAGUGCAAACCGCGAUGGCAAUAGGUCGACCUUUAAUACAUCCUCUCGAAAUGGAUGCUUCUCCACAAUCAGAUGCAGUAACUCCAGAAGAUAUUGCAAUUGAAUACAUUGAAGAACCUGAAUUGGAACGGCCUAGGAGAUACAGUUCUUCUAGUGAUCAGAGAAGUUUUGAUGAAACACAACACACUCGUGAAGAAUAUGACCCUGACAGAAGAAAUGCAAAUUAUAAUGCGUCAUCAUCCCAUCAUUACUCACAAAAUAAUCAAUAUACAUAUGAGCUACAAAAUGGACAAUCAAAGAAUCAGAGCAAAGAUGACACUAUGUGUACAGAGUCACGCAGCAACAGUGAGACUGUGGCCACUAACACUCUUGAAAUAUCCAAGGAUUAUGAUGACAGACCGGUAGUACGACAUAAUGGAGAUUAUGAUGAAAGACGAGCUUACUCUGAGUAUGGUGGAAAUGAAGUAUCUCAGCGCAUCUAUACACCAACAUCACAACGUACACAAUAUACUGUCAACGAACUUGCAGAUGAUAGACGUAAUGACAGAAAUAAUUAUAGCUACGAUGAGAGAACAAGAGUAGAAUACGAGGACUCACCUCAACCUCCGACACCGCAAACAAGAAGGAUGACUGUUCAUCAUAAUGAAAGGGAAGAUAUGGCUCAAAUACCUGGUUGGGUAAGACAUUCAGAAAAAGACAAAUGCAGAACACAAUUUCACUAUCACAGACGGCCAGUAACGAGGAAUUCAAAUAUAUUAUCCGCUGUGCUGUGUUUGGUCAAAGAGUUGGAUUAUCCAAGCUUAGAAGUGGUAGAAAUGGCCGUUAGAAAUCGAAUGGAUGAAUUAGAAGAAUGAUGUUUCUGACACCGUCCCCAAAAUCCACAGGGGACGGUUGCUUUCUCCCAAAUCGGCAACAUGUCUUCUGUUCCGAGCCCAGAAUUCUUCGACUCGCUCGAUUCUACGAUAACCUUUAACCAAUAUGCUGAUAAUGAUGAGAAUUACAACAAUGACAAACAUCAUUUUGACCGUCAGUUAUUCGAAGAAAAUAAUGAUAAAUGUCAAAUCCGACGAAAAUGUGCCGAAAAAAUAUGCUCAACAAACAACUUGAAAACAGUAUCAAUCGAUCCUAGCCCAAAAUUAUUCGGAAAUAAUCAAUCUAUACAUAAAAUUAGAGACUCUUUAUUGGACAAUUUAUCGUCGAAAGAGAAAAAAACCAAUGAUGUAAGACGAGUAGCAAGCAGUGACAGCAUUCCUCGUGGUUACAAUAAUGUCAUUUUGAACCAGGGAUGCAGAGUUUUAAGCCAAGACUGUGUGAGAAGAACAAAAAGCCCAGAUAUUAGAAAUACAAUUACACCACUUCGCUAUAUUCAAUCAGCAAAAGGAACAUGGACCUAUAAUUUGUAAGUUGGAUUGAAAAUUUGAUGAAUUAUAAUCUUUCUGUCCUGAAAUAAUAAUCGAAAAUCCUUGUGAAUAUUAGUAGAAAUAAUCUUUUUCAUAAAACAAAAAAGAAAAAAAUAAGAGAAGUUUCAGUUAGUAAUUAAUACAAGAUUUAUGAUUAUAAGAUUGGUCUCGUCAUGCUAUUUGUCAAGGGAAAAAAAUCUAUGUAAAAUUUAUAUAUGAUUGUGAUAUUUCUGCAAGAUAUGAAGAGACAAAUCUAAUUAUCUUUUUAUAUUAUGCAUACAUAUAUUUAAGAAGUUGUAAUUGCCAUUUCUGUUAAUAAGAAGUGUUAAAGAGUCGAAACUAAAGAAAUCUUUGGUUUCAAAUCUCAUAAAUCUGAUGAUUGAUAUAUGAAUAAUUUUACUUAUAAUGCUGUUGUUUUUCCAGAAUUUUAUCGAAUUCGAAAAUUUGUUAAUAUGUUUGAUUCAUUAUAGUGUACAUGUGUAAUUAACAUUUACAUAACUUUAUCGUAUGCAUAAAACAUAUAAAAUCAAAGAGAUGAGAAAAUUAAAAGCGUUAUUAAAUAUUUUCUAAGCAAAGAACACGUUUGAUGUUUUUGUGUAAGAAAAUUAUUUGGAUUAAUAAUCUUUGAAAGUUAAUGUUUGAAAAGUGCAAUAAUUUUUACGAUAAAAUAUGAGUACAUGUAUAUAUGUAGAAAACAAUUUCGUACACAAAGAAUAUUUUAUAUAUAUAUGAAAAGCUUUAAAUGUAUAUUGUUCACACAUAAUCUGUUACCAAAACUUCAUCUGCAUAUAUUAGUACUUAAAAAUGUAUAUAUAGAUGAACAAGAAAUUAAUUUCUAUAGUAUUAUUAUUUUUGUAGUAUCUUAAUUUUAUUAUUUGAUUGCAGAGAUAUACAUUAAUGUUUUUCUUUUUUUUAAAAGAUCAUAUAUGUAGGAUCAUGGAAAGUUGUACUUAAAAAACAAUAGAAUAAUAAACAAAAAAACAACAAGGGUAAGAUAAUUAUAAGAAUGUAUAUUAUAAAUUAUAACUUUAGACUGACAAACAAGUGUAGGGCAUAUUUUUUAAGACAGACCCUUACAUUAUCUACUAGUAGCUAGUAAAAGCGCAGAAGAAAAAAAAGACAUAAAAUUUAAUCUGCAAUACUGUUCCAAUCAAUGAAGCCAAGAAAUGAUAUUAAUUAGUGUUAAGAUGUUUUAUAAUAAUGUAAAACAAUGAUUUUUUUAUUAUUCAGAACCGUCCACUCUUACAUUACUUUCAUGACUCUUUUAUAUAUGAUAAUAUUUUAAUGUAUAUAAUUAUAAACAUUAUACAUUAUUUAAAAGUUUAUGUAGAGAGAAAGAAUUUAACAUUCUUAAACUAUUAAAAAAAAAAUGACACAUUAUAAUUGCAUCAUAAUUAUAUCAUUGCAUUUAUACAAAAUUAGCUUUGAAACUGUUACUCUUGUUAAUGUUCUCUAUUACAUAAAUCAAACAUCUUGUUAAAUUAUUUAAAAAAUGAGUUAUAUUUAUGUUUUACUCUGGUAUAUUUAAUCUUUACAAAUUAAUUUAAUUUCACAUCUUGUUUUAAAUAUGUAAAAAUGUCUGUUUCCAUUGAAAUAUUAAACCCAUAUGUAUAC